AUUUCUUAUCGAUAUACUGAGCUAAGCGGGACUUAAUCAGAAAGUCUGCAGCAUUUCGUAUGUUUGCGAUAAAGAUGUGUAUAGUAUUUUAAGUCGAAUUUGUAGCGAAAUCGUGACUUCAUUCAGUUAUUUGCUGAAUGCCGUCGUGAAUAGUUCGUGGAAAUUAUAUAUGUACAAAAUAUUAGAAAAUGAAUUUAGUGCUGGACUUGUUGAUAAGAGUUUGCCUAGUAUUGAGCUUGAAUUUGGUAACCUUAAGUUCUGCCAGCAAGUAUAAUAUAUCAUUUGCAAAACUGGAAUCUUGUACAGAAUACGAUAUUAUACGCACUGGAUAUGUGUACAAGGAUUUCUUCCUGGUGCAUAACUUAAACAACAACGACAUCGAGACACAUGAACGCUUGCAUCUAAUGUUUUAUGUCCUGACGCCAAAGGAUGCACAUAUAUUGCUAUCAGUUACAGAACACCCCAGAGAAAUGGAUAGAGUCUAUGAAAUCGUCAUUGGUGCUGGCGGCAAUACAUUCUCCACCAUUCGUACCAGCAUAGGGAAGCGCCGUGUUGCAACUAACCAAGACACACAAAUUUUAUCAACGCUUGAUCCGACUCCCAUUGAAAUUAUACAAACAAUAGAAGGUGAUUUGCUUGUUUAUAUACCCGGUUUCAAGGAUAAGCCGCUGCUUAAUUUCACUGAUAGUUCCCCGCUGAAGAUUAAUUACGUUAGUUUGGCCUCGUUCGGUAGCGGUACGAUGGCAAAAUGGUUCUUUGAUUGCAAACUGGAUAAAGGUAAUUUAAUAGAACAGGAAGUGCGUUUAAUGUCGCCAAGGGUGCGUUUGCUGAAGGAAAUUGAACAGAACAGCAUUAAUGAAACUAUACCAGAUGAACUGGAAACAGUAAACUUCGCUUUUCAGAUAUUGGCUGUUUCAUAUCAGCAGGAUAAAUCCAUUCUGCAGACACGUAUGAAUAUAAUAUUGUAUUGGGAGGAUAGUAAAUUAGUUUGGGAUCCUAACGAUUACGAGAACAUCGAUGCUAUAGUAAGUUCUGAAGUUAAGAUAUGGAAGCCAAAUGUUAUAGUAUUGAAUAACGCUAAAUUACAACAAUUUGCAUCUGCAUUAAAUGUGGAACUGAGAAUACAUUCAAAUGGCAGUGUGGUCAUGUUCGCACAUAACUUGGAAAUGAAAACAUGGUGCACUAAUCAAGAGAAAAAUUGGCCAAGUGAGACUCUGACAUGUGACCUUCUAAUGGGCAUAAAUGAACCGAUGGCCAUUGGUUAUAAGCAAUUGGAGUUAUUGUAUGAUAAUCACGAGCCAUUCACUAACGACCCUUUUAAUGUGAUCUCUGAAUGGCACUUCCAUCAAAUCGCUGUUUCUCGAAUGAUUAUAGAUGUUAAUGACACCAGCAUUGGUAGUAUUGCUCGUUUUACUAAGGAUGGCAUUAUGCAAACUCUCGAAGGUGAUAUCUCUAUCGAGCUGACAAUCGCAAGAAAUGGUUCCUUUUAUCGAAAAGUGUUUUUGAUGCCUUUCUUGACUUGCAAUACACUGCUCAUACUGUCUUUCUUCUUGCGUGGCUAUCGCCGUGGCGGACUUAUUCUACUCUGUUUUCUAAUUUCGGCUCUGGGCUUAAUGUUCAUGACGAAACAUGCUCCACAAUUUUAUGUACCAAAUUUAAUGGUGGCCUACCAGCAUUUGAUGAGCAUUACUACAUUUUGUUAUAUAUUACACAUUGUCAUUAUUUGGUUCGACUUAUACCCACCUAAAAGAGAACCGUGGGAUUGGGUGAUAUUUCUCAUAAACUCAACACCAUUGAGAGUGUCUCUUUGUAUGCGCUUUGCGGAUGCCAACGACUUCAUCAGUGCCCAGCAAACACCUUGGCACAGCAUUGCCAAGAUCCUGAAUAUGUUCUUUUUUAUUAUUAUGAAUGUGUAUAUAGUACUGCUUGUAAUUUUAAUUUAAAGUAUA